UAAUCAUCUCAUCACAGAACGUUUCUACUUUCUUUCAAUUCUCUACCACGACUAUCGCCGCCGUAAAGCUGGGUCCAACAGCCGCUGCCCGGGGACGGGAAAUUUCAGAGGGUAGCUCCUCCGAAGCUCUCGAUUUCCGCUUCCGGAAACUGAGGUAACAAGAAGAGUUCCUCAUUUUCUUUUCGAGUUGAAGAUGCCGAACCCUAAGUCGUACCGGAAGGGGAAACUUACAGAGAAGUCGUCGUCGUUCCACGGCGAGAGACCGACGAAGACUGCGGCGACGCUUCGGCGGCCGAAAACGGAUCCGGAGUUAUUGUCGUUCAAGAAACUAGGUUUAUCGGCGCCGUCGCUGGAUGGACGGCCGAAGAUGACGAAGUUACUUUUCAACGUGACGAUUCAGGGCAGUCUAGGUCCAGUACAAGUGUUGAUGUCGCCGGAUAUGACCGUCGCCGAUCUUGUGGCUGCGACCGUACGCCAAUACUUGAAGGAAGCCCGCCGACCAAUUCUGCCGACUGCAGAUCCCUCCGCCUUUGACCUCCAUUAUUCACAAUUCAGCUUAGAAAGUUUGAAUGAGGAUGAGAAGCUAAUCGCCUUGGGAUCUAGAAACUUCUUUCUGUGCCCUAGAAAAUCGGAGGAUAACGACGAUUUAGUAGCUUCUUCAUCGUCGUCGUCCUGCUCGACACAGGCCAAAGAAAACGCGAAGAGUUCCAGCAGUUUCAGUUGGUUCAAAUUCAUCGAAUUCCGGAUUUAGUUACCGCCAUAAAUCGAAUCGAUUUCCUUCAUACCUUCAAUCCGCCUCUGUGAAAAAUAGUCUUCAAAUUCUCUACGCCAUAUAAGUAAUCCUCGAAUCAUCUCCACUUCGUAAAAGUUAUUAAGCAAUCUGCAAUUGCUUGGUGCGAUUAAUAUCAGAAUUCGAUCGAGCAACAGAGAGGGAAUAUUUCUACAAUUCUGUUCUUCGCUUGCUUUCUCAGGAUCGACACGGAAAUUUAUCAGUAUUCAAUAUGUACAGAAUAUAGAUUUCAGAGAUCCGCUAGCUUAAUUUAGAGCUGGAAACUAAAAUUUUCCAGUGAAAAUUGUGCUGAAUUCAAUUGUGUGGCCUGAGAUGUUCAGCCUUUUCACAAAUCAUUUUCUCAGAUUCUGAAACUUCCAUAUCACGGAACAGAGUCGCAGCAGGAAAAAUCCCGAUAUUCCGUGUGAGUUUUGGAUGCUUCGUGAAAGAAAUUGGUGAUGAAAGGGCAAAACAUGGUCUACUUGAAAUAGCUGAAAGAGACGUUUCCCUGCAAGUUCAAUGUUCAUACGGACUCUUCAGAUAUUCCCCCAUCAUUUACUAUAUUAUUUCAUUUUUAUCCUAUAAAUCCAUUUAUGCAUUUAA